AUUAUAAUCAAUAUGGAACAUAUGAAGUAGUCCUUAUGAUAUUAUCCAUGUAAUUAUUACCCCCAAAAAUUCUGUGAUGCUCAUCGAAGUGGUGGACCCACAAGAUGAGAGGUGAUCCCGCGGCAACAAAUUAACGAAAUACUUUGAUAGAGAAUUGAAGGAGUCCACCCACUAUAUCUGGGCUAUAAAUAGAAGUGGUCCGUGCAGCCAUGUAUCAUAUAUGUUCCAUCCACAACCUUAUUACCUACAAAUUAAAGCAAGAAAAACUUUAGUGCAAUUCGAUCUUCUGUAUUGUAAGUUGCGUUAAAUUAUUUCCCUUUAGAAAAAAUAUAUACUCGUACGUAGUUGUUAGAAAUGGUGGCUGUUAUCCGCUCCUUGAAAAACAGCUGCUAUGAGCGGCAGGAAGAUGAUCAUCAUCUAGAAGACAAGUACAUACACUUUGAAUGUUUAGAUUCCGAGGACGACGACGACGACAAGGAACCGGAGUUGGAAUACGAUGAAGGUAACAAUGACAAUGACAAUAACAACAAUCAGGAUGACGAAGUUGCAUCAGAUUGGGAACCGACAAAUGAUCCACAACGUGAUUCUGACGGAGAGGACGAUAUAGGUGAUGACCGUGAGGCCUUCAUUAGCAGUGGACAUGGUUUCCAUAACUACGGUGCGGGAGAUAUUGGGUAUGACGAUGCAGACAUGGCAAAUGUAGACGAUCACCAUGCUGAUGAUGAUGAUGAUGAGGAGGAGGAGGGGGAGGAGGAUGAUAACGAGGAGGAGGAUUGAAACAACGACUAAAGGACCCGGAACCUACCGCGGCCGUGACCACGUACUAUGGCAUGCCUAAUACUUGUAUUAAUUUCAUCUUUGUUAUAUCUGAUCUGUGUUAAAAUCAUCUAAAUCAGAAUAAUAACAACUUCACACUAUCUAGAAUUCGAAGCUGAUUUUUCUCAACUAUCUCCAACACCCCCUUCAAGUUGGAGGGUGUAGAACACACACCCAACUUGCGUAAAAGAGAAUGAUGUCAGACUCAGGGAGAGAUUUUGUGAGAAGAUCAGCUGGCUGUUCAUUUGUUAGAAAUCAAACCAGCCAAUAACAUUUCUGUGACAGAAUGACAAUCAAGAUCGAUGUGUUUAGCUCUUUUGUGAAAAAACGGAUUUUUGGCGAUAUGAAUAGCCGCUUGACUGUCACAUUUUAAUGAAACAUGUAUGAUGUCAGGAACGUCUUAUUAAGCAAGAAGACGAGUUAACCAAGCUAUUUCAGCAGUUACACGUCGUCUCAUAGAUUGGUACUCCGCUACAGCUGAUGAAAGAGAUACAUAUUGAUGUGUCUUUUAUUUCUAUGAAAUUAAACUUCC